UCUAACUGAUCUCACUGGAACUGGGCCUGGAGCCACCAAAGCAUUCCUGAGCAGCAUUUCUGGAGCACGAACAGUGCCCAGUGUGCCCCAACAAUGUUUGUGGGACCCCCAGGGCUGUGGGGACGGGGUGGCAGUGCAGGUGGGGGGCCAGCAGGCAGUUGGGCCUCCCCAACCGCCCCAGAUGUGGCGUUUGAACCUGGCAACUGCCAGAACGGCUGAUGGAGACCCAGCAGGUGUCUCAGGGGCUUGGACUGAGACAGUGGUUCCCUUCCCACAUGUUUCCUCAAGAGGGAUCUUCCUCAAGAGCCCCUGAGGCGUGGCAGGAGGCAGAGGAACACAAAGAACAGCACAGGACUGGCACAGACAGAGGAAACUGUAAAACGAAAGGAGACAGCCACGAAGAUCUGACUGGGACAAAAGCAGGAGCACAACUGGAGCCUGGUGCGGGGAUAUUCCCGAACCCUCCGCUUCACAUCCCUCCGGGCAAACUCAGGGAAAUAGAAGCUCAGUUGGUCUGCGCCGACGAGGCAGACACCGAGUUUGGGUUUGGCGACUUGGCGUUGCCUGGGGUGACCCCACCAGCACAUCAGGCUCCUGCCAAAUCCCCCGAGGGCAGCCCCUGGCGCUGCGUGGACGCGCGGCUUCAGCUGCCCCUGCAGGAGGGCAGCGCUCGGUACAGGCAGGAGCAGUUCGCGGCAGCGGCGGCCAAGUUCUCCACGGCGCUGGAGCUUUGCAGUAGAGGCUUUGCUACAGAGGAUCCCUUAAAGUCCUCUCCAGAUGAUAUUUCCAGAGUUGCCAGUUUUAUUGAGUCAAAACUUGUCAUCUGUUACUUAAAACUGGGGCAGCCUGACAUUGCUCUGAGUCAUUCACACAGGAGCAUCAUUGAGAACCCCUCUUAUUUCCGCAAUCACCUCCGCCAGGCCGCUUGCUUUCGAUGCCUGCAGAGAUACUCAGAGGCUGCCAGAAGCGCCAUGAUUGCUGACUGUCUGUACAUCCUGGCAGGGGGCACAGCCCUGGAGACAAGUGACCUCAUCCAGCUCUACUGGCAGGCUCUGAUUCAAGAAGCCCUCAGUGGAGAAGUGUCUUUUUCCGUUCUGUACACACCUUUUGAGAAAGAGGAUGAGGCUGACAAAAUAAAGGAGGCCAAUAAAAGCUUUGCUGAGAAGCACCCUGAUUACGUGCAGCACAUAUUCACAGAUCCUCAUGGAAUUCACCUGUUGCCCGAGAGAGCUGAGUCUCUGCCUGACCAAGAGUACUUACUGACUUUGGGCUUCAGAAACAGAGAGAUUGGAAAAACUGUGGAAAAGUCUGUAAUUCGAAAACUGCCAAUCUGCCCAGGUCAGAAAACAGCUUUCAGUCCCAGCACGGAGGAAGAAACAGAAACAUUUUGGGAAAAUACUGGGAAAAAGAUCAUGGCAGUCAUAAAUUUUAUAGGAAGCACCAAAAUAAAGGACAAGCGCAGCCCGUGCGCCCGCGCCAUCGAGCACUUCCACCGCGCCAGCCUGCUCGGCCGCCUGCAGAGAGGGGAGGAACAGGCCCAGGUGAUGGCCCAGGUGAUGGCUGAGCUGGCCACCAUUCCCUACCUGCAGAGAGUCUCUCAGGAGGAUGACAAGCUGCUGCAGUCACUGAUGGCAGAUGCCAUGGACGUCCUCGCAGGAAGAACCAGAGAUCGUGUGUGGACUAAAAUACAGAAGGUGGCACGAAUAGAAGAGGAGCUGAGGGAAGGAGAAGAGGAUUUCUUGAGGAACCGGAGGGUGCAAACGCCCGGAGUGGAAAACAUGACCUGGACCCCGAUGGGACAGGAAUAUCUGAGGCUGGAAAACACAAACAUGUUCAUUCCCAACCCACGCAGCUUGGCCACAGAGUCAAAAAAAAGAUACUUUGAUGACCCUCUCUUAAGGAGAAGGAAGAACCUAAAAAUCCUAAAUUAUCAGCUCACUGUGAGACCUGAGGAGGUGGAGGAAAAACCUUGUUCAUUCCCAAUACAACAGUGAUCCAAAACCACCGUAACAGAUACAAUAGACAUGGACACACCUUCACUAGUGAGUGCAGGGUGAGGCCUUAAGACCCUUUGAGUUUCUUAUUUUUCUAAUUUCGUAAGCUUUAUGAUUUUUAUAAGUAGAAGUAGAUUUUAGAAGCAGCAGCCCUUGUUCCCUCACCCUGCAGCACAAGUAUUUUACACAAUCCUCAACCCUCUUCCCCCAUUCCCUGCACCCCAAAUCAAUCCCACCCCUGAAUUCAGCAGAAAUGUUCAGUCCUUCGUCAAGGCAAGGCCUCUGCUGUUUGGAGAACACUCCUAUCUUGGCCUGAACAACAGAACACAGUCAAGAACUGGGUGACCACGUCCCCUUUGUGCUCUGAGGAUGGUGAUGGUGAUGAAGAGGUGGUCCCAAAAGGUCCCCAGACCCAAUUCCCAGGGGGUGGGCCAGGGGAGGACCAGAGCAAAGGCUACAGGGUGGAAACACUUGGGAUGGGACAGAUGGUAUUAUAGAAUGUAACAUAACAUCUAUGCCUUGGCACAAAUUAAACCCUUUCCUUAUCUCACCCUCA